AUGGUCAACCCUCGAAGCCCUGGCAGUCUCUCGAGAAAGAUCCGCAUCACCGUCGUCGCCGCCGAUGGCUUGGCCAAGCGUGACGUCUUUCGUCUUCCUGACCCUUUCGCCAUAGUAACCGUCGAUGGAGAGCAGACUCACUCCACUUCGGUCAUCAAAAAGACCCUGAACCCGUACUGGAACGACAGCUUCGAUGUCAAUGUGACUGACUCUUCCGUCAUCGCCGUUCAGAUCUUCGACCAGAAGAAGUUCAAGAAGCGAGACCAAGGUUUCCUUGGUGUCAUCAACAUCCGCGUUGCUGACGUCCUCGAUCUCGAGCUUGGUGGAAAGCGUCUGUUGAACAAGGAGCUCAAAAAGUCCAACGACAACCUCGUCGUCCACGGAAAGCUCAUCAUUGAUCUCAACACAAACGUCUCCACCCCCAUCAACAACAAUUCCACCGCCGGUCCCACUAACCUCCUCGUUCCCGGCGCCUCCAACGCUUCCUCGGCAUCGCUCGCCACGCCAACGUCGUCCAGCGCAGCCCGCUCCGACACGCGUCCAUCCACUUCCGGCAGUGGCGCUGCCACCCCCGUCGCAGCAGCUGCCUCCACUACUUCCACCGCCAACGGCGACUCCUCCAGCCGACCUACAUCGACCGUUGAUCCUGUCUCGUCUUCCGCUAGCGGAACCACAGGUGCUGCCUCGAGCGCAGCCCCGUCCACUCCUGCUGGCGCCGGCAGCGAGGCCAGGUCGUCGGCUGCUCCCGCUGCUCCAGGCUCGCGCACCGCUGGUUCGCAGGAUGCCCGCUCUGACGAAUACGGACCUCUCCCCGCCGGCUGGGAGAGGCGAACUGACCACCUCGGCCGUACUUACUAUGUCGACCACAACACACGCUCCACCACGUGGACAAGGCCUUCGACCAGCGCGAGCGCCAACAAUGCCGCUGCUGCGAGCUCCUCGGCAGCUGACCGCCAGAGGCACAGCAACCGAGCCUUGGCCGAUGAUUUCCUCGGCGUAAACGAUGGGGACACUUCACGAUCGUCGGUCACCGGUUCGGCUCUCAACAGCCCCGGUGCUGCUGCCUCCUCGGCCAACCCUCUACCCGCCAGCUCCAGCACCACCGCCGGCAACGGCCCCCUCCCUGCUGGCUGGGAGCAGCGUCACACGCCCGAAGGCCGUCCCUACUUUGUUGACCACAACACGCGCACCACCACCUGGGUCGACCCGCGACGUCAGCAGAUCCUCCGAAUUAUGGGCCCCAACGGCAGCAACCUCACCGUCCAGCCCCAGAGCGUGUCGCAGCUCGGCCCGCUUCCGAGCGGCUGGGAGAUGCGUCUCACCUCCACCGCCAGAGUCUACUUUGUCGACCACAACACCAAGACCACCACCUGGGACGACCCUCGCCUGCCUUCGAGUCUCGACCAGAACGUACCCCAGUACAAGCGCGACUUCCGUCGCAAGCUCAUCUACUUCCGCAGCCAGCCUGCGCUCCGUCCCAUCCCUGGCCAAUGUCACAUCAAGGUGCGCCGCACUCACAUUUUCGAAGACUCGUACGCCGAGAUCAUGCGUCAGCAGCCCAACGACCUCAAGAAGCGUCUCAUGAUCAAGUUCGACGGCGAGGACGGCCUCGACUACGGUGGCCUGUCGCGAGAGUUCUUCUUCCUGCUCUCUCACGAGAUGUUCAACCCCUUCUACUGUCUGUUUGAGUACAGCGCCCACGACAACUACACACUGCAGAUCAACCCGCACUCGGGCAUCAACCCGGAGCACUUGAAUUACUUCAAGUUCAUCGGUCGCGUCCUCGGUCUCGCCAUUUUCCACCGACGCUUCCUGGACGCUUACUUCAUCGUGUCGUUCUAUAAGAUGAUCCUCAAGAAGAAGAUCACGCUCAGCGAUCUUGAGUCGGUCGACGCAGACUACCACCGCUCGCUCCAGUGGAUGCUGGACAACAGCAUUGAGGGCAUCGUGGAAGAGACCUUCACCGCCGUCGAAGACAAGUUCGGCGAGAUGGUCACCGUCGAGCUCAAGCCUGGUGGAGAAGAGGUCGAUGUGACCGACGAGAACAAGAAGGAGUAUGUUGACCUCAUGACCGAGUGGCGAAUCUCGAAACGCGUCGAGGAACAGUUCAAGGCGUUUAUCUCUGGCUUCACCGAGCUCAUCCCGCAGGACCUCAUCAACGUGUUCGACGAGCGCGAGCUCGAGCUGCUCAUCGGUGGUAUGUCCGAGAUCGACGUGGACGACUGGAAGAAAUUCACCGACUACCGUGGUUUCACGGAACAGGACCAGGUGGUGCAGUGGUUCUGGCAGUGCGUCCGUGCCUGGCCCACCGAGAAGAAGUCGCGCCUGUUGCAGUUUGCCACCGGCACCUCGAGGAUCCCCGUCAACGGCUUCAAGGAUCUUCAAGGCUCGGAUGGGCCACGACGUUUCACCAUCGAGAAAUCGGGCGACGUCAACCAGCUGCCCAAGUCACAUACCUGCUUCAACCGCAUCGACUUGCCGCCUUACCCUUCGUUCGAGACGCUGGAGAGCAAGCUCGCGCUCGCCAUCGAGGAAGGUAUGGGCUUUGGUAACGAGUGA